GUUCCUCUCUUAUAUUCAGGAUGCUCCUUCACUAGCUCAGUCGUUCUUGCACCUACAGUCAGCUAGCCAUCUCAUCCAUCCAUACUCUUUGUCUUCACUUCGCUUCGCCAGCUUGAUUCUGCUACCCAGAAAGGCGAAAUCGACAACGAGAAGGGAAAAGAAAGCAAUGGAGGAAAUGGUAACAUCAGCAGUUGUGCAGGAGGCUGUGAGCGGAGCUGUCUCCUUCCUGUUCAGCAGCCGCGGCGAAAAGGCGUCCCAGGAGGAACUCAUUGAGAGGAUGGAGAUGGCGCACAUGAGAUUGAAUUUGGCGCUCGAGAGGACCAGGAUGAUGCCCAUCACUAUCAUGACGUUGUUUUGCCUGAAGAAGAAGUUGAAGGAUGUCUCCGAGGAGUGCGGUGAUCUGCUCAGCAGGGCGAGGGGUCGUCAGCAAAUGGUACCCUCUUUACGCAGAAAGAUUAUGCAUACUGUGCUGCCCUCUUUCAUUGUCCCAGAUCAAGAUUUGCUGAGUAGCUCUGUUGUUGGAAGAUUUGAGCGGUUUGUCAAGGAAGCCGGCAGGUUUGUCAGGGACGUGGAGUCUGGAUGUUCACUUUCUCACUACAGGUUUCUCAGUUCUCCCAUCAGACAUCUUCUUCAAGGCAAGGGUCUGCGCUAUGACAUGGUGCGAGGAAGCAAGGCUUUCUCACUUGGUAUAUCCACGGAUUCUGUGGAAGAGUAUGGUAGAGUCGCAUGGCUAUGUUUUCAUUACAAAGAUCGCAAGGCGCCACUUAAAACUUGUCGACUGGUGGUGGCUCUAAGACUAUACGAAAGCACAAACAUAGUUGGAAUUACCGCAAAAUGUUUGCGGUCACUUGGGCCUCAAUUCAAGUCUUUGGUUGAAGAUGCAACUGGGGAACUCUCCCAUUUACCCACACAAGACGUUUCAUAUUUCGAUUCAGUAUGGUGCGAAGGCUUGGUUGAAUUGACUACAGAGUCGAUUCCAGACCCAUUUUGUUGCAUAGCUAAUGGGCUCAGCAAGCCUUGUGCCAGCAAUAUCAUCUCAUCUGAGUUAACCGGCAGAUUUCCACAAGAAGUUAUGUCAGUUACUUUUUGCAGCUGUUUUUCAGCUUCCGAGUACUGCUCGCGGAGCUCAACUGAUGAAGCGCGUAUAAACGCCAUAAAGGCCUGGCCACCUCUACAGAUGGAAGUUAUCUUCUUGCCUCAUAUCUCGGAUGAAUUCCCGGACGGGAGUAGCUUACACCAAAAGGAGGAGCAAAUACAAACAGAGGCAAUUGAUUGUUUCAUCAAUCAACCUGGUAUGACGGACUACCGUAUGCAUUGGUUCUCGGCACAUGGUUAUGUAUCCUUUUCUGUUUCGAAGCCGAUCGCCAAAACUAGGAGGGCCUCAAAGAGAAGGCGGUAGAAGUUCAGACUUGGGAGCAGAGAAAAGUUUUCUUCUUUGCUUACUUAGCUUCUAUGAGAUGGAUUGCUUAGGUGCCAGUAUUUAUCAUGGCUUGUAAACAAGUAUGUGCUUGAUAUUAUCUGCCUAUGUUCUGUAAGUCUGGUGGCACUGGAUCAUUCUUUUUUUAAGGAGGCACUCCUAUUUUCUUUGUUAAUACAUUUGUGCGUUGCUUGCGAUUAUUCUGAAGUGCAUAGCA